AUGUCUCCCGCACCACGUUGGUUGACCGCCUUGAAGAAGGCCACAGAUGAACAUGCCAAGUCUACCCUAUUUCAGCUUGCGACUGUCGACGCGCAGAAUCGUCCGCAUGUACGAUCUAUGAUCAAUCGUGACUUCAUGGAGGUCGAAGGCAAACCCGGCUUGCCGCUCUUGAUCUCGUCCACCGACGCGCGCACGCCCAAGACGCGCGAGCUCGCCGCCCACUCGUUCGUCGAGCUCUGCUGGUGGAUCGACGCAUCUGGCGACCAGUUCCGCAUCGCUGGCCGCAUGCGCAUUGUGCCAUCUCCCGAACUUGGUUCAUCGCUUCCCUCGUCCACGCCCGCGCCGCCGGACUGUCCCGCGCUCGCGGCUUACGAUGCGGCGGGGGCUGAUUGGCAGGCAAAGCGGCGGGAGCAGUUCGAAGCCGUUUCCGAACAUAUGCGCGCGAGCUGGUGCCGCCCGCCGCCGGGAGAAGCGUUGCCGGGAGGAUACCCCGCUAUGGACGAGUGGCCGACUACGGUGAAGAAGUUGUCCGAGGCGAAGACAGACGAGGAAAAGAAGCUGUCGGAGGAGGCGUUCAGAAACUAUGCCCUUGUCAUUUUGGAGCCAAGUGAAGUUGAUUGGGUGCAGAUGGCCAUCCGGCCGAACAGGCGAACGCGCUUUAGGCGCUUCGGGGAGGAAUGGAAGGAGGAGAUCAUUGUGCCCUGA